AUGUUAACCACCGUCAACAACGACCAUUCCUUCUCCGCUUUCAGCGACUGCAACAGCGACAGAUCCGGCGAAUUCCCCACUCCCUCCUCCGAGAGCCGCCGCCUCCUCAUCGCCUGCGCCGCCGACAAUUCCGACGAGUUCAUUACCCACCUUGUUGUCAACCUCCACUCCUGUUCCAUUGAGGAGCAGAAGCAAGCCACCAUGGAAAUCAGGUUACUCGCCAAGAACAAGCAAGAGAACCGCGUCAAGAUCGCAAAAGCCGGCGCGAUUAAACCCUUGAUUUCACUUUUAUCCUCGUCGUCGGACCUUCAGCUCCAGGAGUACGUGGUGACCGCGAUUCUCAAUCUCUCCCUCUGCGACGAGAACAAAGAGCUGAUCAAUUCCUCUGGAGCGGUGAAGCCGCUCGUGGGGGCGCUGGAGACGGGGACGGCGACGGCGAAGGAGAACGCGGCGUGCGCGCUGCUACGCCUCUCGCAGAGAGAGGAGGACAAGUUGGCGAUAGGGAGGGCGGGGGCGAUUCCGCCUCUGGUGAGGCUUCUGGAAGGUGGGGGGUUGCGCGGGAAGAAGGACGCGGCGACGGCGCUGUACGCGUUGUGUUCGGUGAAGGAGAACAAGGUGAGAGCGGUGAGGGCGGGGAUUAUGAGGGUGCUGGUGGAACUGAUGGCGGACUUGGGGUCGAGCAUGGUGGACAAGGCGGUGUACGUGGUGAGCGUGGUGGUGGGGGUUGCGGAGGGGAGGGCGUCGCUGGUGGAGGAAGGGGGGAUUCCGGUGGUGGUGGAGAUAGUGGAGGUUGGGACGCAGAGGCAGAAGGAGAUUGCGGUUGGGGUUCUGUUGCAGAUUUGCGAGGAGAGUGUGGUGUACCGUACUAUGGUGUCCCGCGAAGGAGCCAUUCCACCCUUGGUUGCUCUGUCACAGUCACACUCCAAUCGCGCCAAGCAAAAGGCUGAGAAACUAAUAGAGCUUCUUCGGCAACCAAGAUCCGGCAAUGGCGCUGCUCCUACCUUCCAAAUGUCACCAUAA